AUGGGCUUCUCCGAACUGCGCCUCGGCGCCUACGUCCCGCCCAUCCACUACUGGCGCGGCAUCUCCGACUCUUUAAGCACCCUCUCCGGCGCCGCCAACAUCAUCACCACCUCCGUCCCGCCCUCGGGCUCCAUCGAGGAGCGCGCCGCAAAACUGGGCGCCGACAUCGCCGCCAAAGCCGGCGGCCGCGCCGUCAACAUUGUCGCGCACUCCAUGGGCGGGCUCGACGCCCGCUACAUGAUCUCCCACCUCAAGCCGCGCGACGUAAAAGUCCUCAGCCUCGUCACGGUCGCGACGCCGCAUCGCGGAAGUGCCUUUGCGGAUUAUCUGUUGGAUGGGCAAGGGCCCAUCAAGCUCGCGAAUCUCUAUGGGCUUAUUGAGCGGGCCGGGUUGGGCACGCAGGCGUUUGAGCAGCUUACGCAGCGGUACAUGGAGGAGAAGUUCAACCCUGCUACGCCGGACAGCGAUGAGGUGCGGUAUUUCAGUUACGGCGCGUGUACGGACCGGCCGCCGCUGCUGAGUCCGUUCCGGCAGAGUCAUUGGGUCAUCGAGGAGGCUGAGGGGGCGAAUGAUGGAUUGGUGAGUGUUGCGAGUAGUCGGUGGGGGAAGUAUCAGGGUACGCUGCUGGAUGUGAGCCAUUUGGAUUUGAUUAAUUGGUCGAAUCGGCUCAAGUGGACGUUGAGAAAGGUGUGGAUGGGGCAGACGAGGACGUUCAAUGCUGUUGCGUUUUAUCUCGAUAUUGCGGAUAUGCUGGCCAAGGAGGGUUUAUGA